AUGGAAUCUAUAAGCAUGCAAAGCCGUGCUAGACGUGCCCCUAAUUGGUCAACAUUCGAGAGAGCCCUUCUGCUCUCUGUGAUCCCGCUCCAGUACCCCAGCGCAGGGCACAACGGGAGGGUUGGUUGGGCCCGGAUAUCCCAGUGGCUGAAUCACGAAUUCGCUCGUCGAAGGUUACGACCAAACCGUAUUUUCACGAUUGAGAAGAUAACGUCUCACUUCAAAACACACGAAGUGAACUUGACCCGUGAAUGGGGAUGGGAUGGAGUCAAGGCACGCCAUUACGUUCGUGAAUCCGAUAAACAUUUGUUGGCUUCCCGCAGAUCGUCGGCUGCUAAAAAGCGGAUUGCUGAGAAGAUUGCUGAGAAGUUGGCUGCUCAGCGUGCUGACAACUCAAGUGAUGGUAACGGAGAUCCAAAUGAAGAUCCAAACGAAGUCCCAAAUGAACUUCCAGAUCCUGAAGCUCAGGUUAUACAUGAUACAGUGUCGCCUCAGAAUCAGAACUGGAGAUGGGUUGUAGGUAUAGAUACCUAAAUAGAGGUGAGUAAACUCCUUCCCUCAUGAUAUCUCCACCAUGUCUCAUUCCCUUGAAUUUCACCCCCCAACUUCCUCUUCCUAUCUAUUGGCCUACUCACUCCACAUCCAAGAAUCGACGAAGAAAUAAUCCGUUUUCCCUUGAUAAUAUAAACACACUUUCUUCAAACUCUACCAUUUCUUCCCAACCAGAACCUGUUAAUUUUCUUGACUACUGACCAAUAA